UUCAAGCAGUUGCUGUUGAAAUGGCGUCAGGUUCAGUAAGUAAUCUGAGGAUUGUUCUGCUAGGAAAGAACGAAUCUGAAAACAAUGAAGUGGGAAACAUUAUACUGGGUACAACGGCGUUUCAGAGUAAAGCCCUGUCUUAUUCACAGCUUCUCAAUGAGAAAAUCAGUGGACAAGUUGAGAAGAGACACAUCACAGUCAUCAAAACUAACCUGCUACAGACACAUCUCCUACAGCAUCAGAUAGUAAAGGGAGUGGGAGAAUGUGUGUCUCUGUCUGCUCCUGGACCUCAUUCGAUCGCACUCAUACUGCAGUAUAAGGACUUCACAGAAGACGACAUGAGAAGUGUGUAUAAUGUGCUGAGUCUCUUCAGUAAGCAGGCCAUUAAACACACAAUAGUGGUGACAACUGAUGAAGACUCUUUUUCAUCCAAAAUCACCUCAAAGCUAUGGAAUAAUGUUAUUCAUAAUUUAAUAAAGGACUGUGGAGGAGGACAUCUUAAAUUUGAUUCAAAAGACUCAGGAUGGCGCUCUGAGAUUUUGAAAAGGACAGAGGAUAUACUCAAGAAAGAACAUGAAGAAUUUCUCAUCUGUAACAUGUAUGAAGAUGGAGGUGAUGGAUCAUCAGUGGAUGGAAAUCUGAGCAGAUCUGGAAGUUCAGGCAGAGAUGAUGACAAACAUAAAGAGGACCAUGCUGAGAGCAUAAAAACAGGACGUGGUGGAGGAGGUUAGUCAAAGCCAUAGUUUUUCUGCAUGAUAAGAAACAGGAAAUGAAAGGGAGAUAAAAAUGAGGAACACUACUGUGUUUCAUUUAGAAUUUUAGAGCAAAACAUUAUAUUAAUCUCAUAAAUUGUCAAGUUUCGAUGCUAUGUUAGGCAAACAUACUACCUAUCCCUGUUGCUAGAAGCAACUGUUUUAUAAUUGUAAUUUAGAAAAGUAAAUUCACGUAUAAGACCUUGUGGUUGUUUUUAAGAAGGGCAGAAGCAAAGAAUUGUAAGUGUAGGUUUAAAAGAAAAGAAAGGGUCUAAAACCGUGUGAAUUGAAAAGUUCCUGAAAAAAAUUAUGUGUUGUAUGGGUAAGGUUGGGCAUUGUUUGAAUUUUUAUGAUUCUGAUUC